AUGGUCGGAGGCGUGGGUAGCUACGACGACUGCCUCUGCCUCGGCUCGCUGCUGGUGCUUCUGGAUUCUCUAUGUCCUCCUCCCGUGAUCCCAGCCUCGCGCCCCCUGGCGCUUAGCCCGUCCCCACGACCCCUGGAGCGGUCGCCAGCUCCCCCUACCACCCGGUACUCCUCCAGGAGCGACCCGGUCGCCCCCACCUCACCUCUUGCCCACACCUCGCCCGACGACCGACCCCUCCCACGUCCUGCACCUCCCCACCUCCCGCCACCAUUUGCCACCGCCGAAUCGGGCCCCUGCCCCCGCGCUAAGUUUCCCCCACUGCUUCUAUCUACUUCUACCCCCCUCUAUCCUUAUCCAUCCCCCGCACCUGUAAAUAUAUACCCGCCUGACGCCGGCCCAGUACGCCAAGCAACCUUAGUAUUUGAAUAUAUUGAGUAUUUAGUGAAGAGGUUAUUGGAUAAAUGCCUCCCGCGCGAGAGUCAAGGAUAA